CACCCACUGUUUACUUCCGACUUUGCAAUUUUUAACAAGCAACGAAUCAUCGUUCAGAUUGAAGAAGAAUCCUCACCAUGACUGCCCAAGCGAUUUGCACGACAAUAGUCAAGUGUCUGCAUGAUGUGUGGACUGAUAAAAUGUUGUUUGACUUUGCCGUCAAGAUCGCAGACGAAACAAUACAAUGUCAUCGACUCAUCCUAGCGGCGUGUUCUGAUUUUUUCAAGGCACUUUUUCGUUCAGGGAUGAGGGAAGUCACAGAGAACUGUGUUGUUCUAAAAGAUAUUUCAAGUGAUGCUUUUCAGAUUAUUUUACAAACCCUAUACACUGGUGAAAAUAUUUUAACUUUACAAAAUGUUUUUGAAGUUUGGAAUGCGGUACAUAUGCUGCAGAUAACAUUUAUGAUCAAUAUGUGUGAGGAGUUUGCUAUUAAAGCUAUUGCAAUAGACACUUGGGAAAACAUUUACACAAAUUCUAAAGUUUUAGGUUCAGAAAAAAUAAUGAAUCUCCUCCAUUUGUUUAUGUUAAACAACUUUGAACAGAUCAGUAUUUCACCAACAUUUCUACAACUUCCAUGCAAGGAAUUUCAGGAUUUAAUCAAAAGUCAGGACCUCGUAGUCAGCAGUGAAGAUCUGGUCAUGGAGUCUGUGAUAAGAUGGGUCACGUAUGACCCUAAAAUCACGGGUCAAAUUAACGAAAAUAACAGAGAAAUCAACGAUAUUGCUUCUCUAAACGAUGAUCAAAACUCAAAUAAAAAUCUGAUGUUAGAAAAUUCUUGCCAAUCGCUUGUAACCAGUGAGACAUCGUCUCGAAAAAAUAAACUUACAGAACUGUUGAAGAACGUUAGAACGUGUCUUGUAAGUCCUGCGGUCUUAUCUAGAGUCCUUAAAAUGAAAUUCGUUUUAGAAAAUGAAGAUUCUAGAGAAAUAAUUGUCGAUGCCAUGUCAUACCAUAUCCCAGACGUGAGACACGGGCAGUGGCCUUCAGCGGCCAUACACAGAUCCUGCAGUGGGUACGUACAUGUUGGGAUAAGUGCUAGAGAAACUAGGUUUAGAGCACUCAACGCACGUGAUGAAACAUGGCGUAAUAUUCCUGAAUGUGAAUUUCUACAAGAGAGUAUUCAGCUGGUCAAUUUUGAUGGUGACCUGUAUGCGACGGGAAAACAAAACAACCAACCAAACGAACCUUGUCGAAUGUUUGUUUUUUGUGACAAGACAUGGAAGGAAGUCAUGGAAAUGCCUGGCCACAAUUUGUUAUUAGUUUCACACGGGGACUACAUCUAUGUACUGAACAGGGACGAUAACGUCAUAAGCACGGUCAAUACAAGAAAGAAGAUAGCUAAGCUAGAAACAUUAACAACAUGCCCGAAAAACGCGGAAGUGAAACAUGUAAUGAUUCUUCAGCACUUUCUUCUACUAUUUUGUUCUCACAAUAACAAGAGCAUAGACGAGACAACGGUUCAUAAAUAUGACAUCUUGUCCAAAGUUUGGACCGUGUUAGAAAAUAUUAAUGGACCAGCCUUGAAUAUGGUAAGCUUUAGAAAUGACAAACACAGCUACAUUUUACAGGGAAAUGGCAAUAUGUGGCUGGUAUUUACUUCACCUUGCGAUAAAAACGUCGAAUUUAAAUUUCUUGAAAAACUUUGGCACACUGAUGAAGUAUUACACGGCGCUGUAACUUAUAAAAGUAAGCUGAUUGUUUAUAGGAAGUAUUUGGAAAAUAAACCACUAGUAAUAAAGAGAGGAGGUAAAGUUACAGGCCAUUUCCAAACAAUCAACCAGUGGUCUUUGUAUGAUAAUAUUUCUAACUUCAUCCCCCUCACUCUCCCAAUCACAAGCUUUAUAUAG